GGACGCUAAGCAGGCAUCAUUAUUGACUCCAACCAACCUCUUUCGGCCGGCCCAUCACCAGCGAUGGAAACCAUGAAUCCCCGAACUCGCAUUCCCCAACCACAACAGCAUGCCAUGAGAUCGAUCCCUGUGCCGCGGCUGCCGUUCGCCUCCCCAUUACCAUCACUCCUCCUUCUGCUCAUCGCCUCCACCGCGCCGUCCUCUCCGGCCGAGAACACCUCACUGCCCGGCUGUCCCUCGGCGUGCGGCGACGUCCACAUCCCGUACCCCUUCGGCAUCGGCGCCAACUGCUCUAGAGACGGCUUCACGUUGACCUGCGCGAUGACCACCACCGAUGGCGGAAGCUACAAGCCUUUCCUUGCCGACGUCGAGAUCAUCGACAUCUCCCUCUCCUCCGGCCAAGCCCGCGUGUACAACCACAUCUCCUGGCAGUGUUACGAUGGCCUCUCCGGUGAGGUCGUCUCCCGCCGCUGGUCUCUCGAUUUCACCGACAGGCCCUACCGCUUCUCCGAUGGCCGCAACCGGUUCACCACCAUCGGUUGCGACACGCUCGCCUACAUCAAGGGCCACAAGGACGGGGAUAGCUACCGGAGCGGGUGCGUCUCGGUGUGCGACGACGCUGGCAGCCUGGCCAACGGAUCCUGCUCCGGCAUCGGUUGCUGCCAGACUGCCAUCCCCAGGGGGAUGAGCUACUACGAGGUGUCCUUCGCCCGCGAGUUCAACAACUCCAAGGUGUGGCGAUUCGACCCCUGCAGCUACGCUGUCCUCGUCGACGAGGACUGGUUCGAGUUCCGCACCUCGUACGUCACCUCCGACGAGCUCAGCCGGACGGAGGGCGGGCGGGUGCCGCUCGUGGUGGACUGGGCUAUCGGUGAAGACUCAUGCGAGGAGGCCCGGCGUGACAGGGCGGCCUACGCGUGCAUCAGCAAGCACAGCGAGUGCGCCAACUCCACCAAUGGCCCGGGUUAUCUCUGCAACUGCUCCAGUGGAUACCAAGGCAACCCCUACCUCCAAAAUGGAUGCCAAGACAUUGAUGAGUGUGCCCUCAAGGAGAAGUAUCCUUGCUUUGGAGUGUGCACAAACAAGCAAGGAAGGAACAAUUGUGUUUGCCCUCCAGGCACACAGGGUGAUCCUUUCCGGCCUGGAGCUUGCUAUCCAGAGAGCCUUUCAUUGGCAGUGAAGUUGAUCAUAGGGAUUAGCACCAGCCUUGUCUUUCUACUACUUUUUGGUCUUAUAAUUUACAUAAUGCAUGGAAGAAGAAAAAUUAAGAGGAUUAAAGAGGCAUACUUCAAACAAAAUGGAGGUUGGUUGUUACUCGAAGAGAUGAAGUCACAACAAGGUCUUGCAUUCAAGAUCUUCACAAGAGAAGAACUAGAAUCAGCAACGAACAAGUUUGACAAGAAUCAUAUCCUUGGUGGUGGAGGCCAUGGAACUGUGUACAGAGGAAUCUUGAAAGAUGAUCGAACAGUAGCCAUAAAGAAAUCCAUGAUGGUCAAUGAGAGACAAAAGAAGGAAUUUGUGAAGGAGAUGCUGAUCCUUUCCCAAACCAACCAUAAGAACAUAGUCAAGCUUUUGGGGUGUUGCUUGGAGGUGGAGAUCCCAAUGCUGGUUUAUGAAUUCGUUUCCAGAGGUAGUCUGUUCCAGUUUAUACAUGAAAAUAAUCAGAAAUCUACUAUUUCACUGGAUGCCAGACUAAAGAUUGCUCUGGAGACUGCAGAAGCACUUGCCUACUUACAUUCGUCAGCUUCUCCUCCAAUACUGCACGGGGAUGUGAAAUCUUCCAACAUACUUUUAGAUGAAAGCUACACAGCAAAGGUAUCAGAUUUUGGAGCUUCAAUGCUUGUGCCAAUAAAUGAAACUCAGUUUGCUACAUUAGUGCAGGGGACUUGUGGCUACUUAGACCCUGAAUACUUACAGACAUGCAAACUGACCGAUAAAAGUGAUGUCUAUAGUUUCGGUGUGGUUCUUCUAGAGCUCCUUACUGGGAAGAAGGCACUCUAUCUUGAAGAAUUUGACACCGAGAGAAGCCUUGCUCUGAGCUUCAUACUCGCAAUGAAGGAUGAUCGGCUUCUUGAGUUUUUGGACUACCAAGUUGGAGAUAAGGCAGAAGUUGAAUUGGUUCAGCAUGUUGCCAAGCUAGCAAAGGAAUGCCUCAGUGUCAGAGGAGAAGAGAGGCCUACGAUGAAGGAAGUGGCAGCAGAGCUGGGGAGGUUGGCUAAGUUGAAGCAAUGGUCAUCGGUAGAGCACAUCGUCACUGAGGCUGAGCAUGAGCUGCAUCCUUGGAUACAACAUGGAAACGAGAUUGAGCACUUGCUUGGUGAAUGAACUGGAGUGACAAUAUAGAGAAAAGUUUCUGUCGAAGAAAGAAUAUCCAAAUUGAAGAUAUAUAGAGUCUGAGUUGUCUGUGAUAAACUAGUAUUGGAUCAUUAAAAUAUACUCAUCUUGAACUUUAAUUUUAAGUGGUUAUAAUUUUAUAGUAGGUAAAACUAAAGUUUUGUAAAAUUUAUAUAGAAUUGUAACAUUUUAGAUUUUUAAUAUGUUUGACUUUUUAGUUCA